UACUUAUGAUUGUUAUUAAAUUGGAUGUUAAAGUGGGUCAGGUCAAUGCUUUCUAAGUUUCAAAUUCAAGAGCUUAAAGUUUCAAACAUUUUUCUAGUGCUACCUUCAAGAAUCGAACAUUAUAAGUUGACAUAAGAAACUCUCAAACACAUGAGAAGUAUGGUGUUUUAAAACCAAAUGAACUGGACUAACUGCCUAAACUGGUGUUUCACUGUUUUCAAGGAUUAAAAAAAUGAGUGCCCUAGAACUAAGAAACCAAGGCAAUAAGUUGUUCGCUGCUCGAAAAUAUGACGAUGCAAUAGCUUGUUACACAAAAGCAAUUAUUAAAAAUCCAAGUACAGCCUUGUUUUUUACUAAUCGAGCUCUUUGCCAUUUAAAACUAAGACAGUUUGAGAAGGCUCACCAAGAUUGCCAGCGAGCACUUGAAAUUGACCGGUCAUGGGUAAAAGGACAUUUUUUCAUGGGCCAAGCUUAUCUAGAACAGAAUUUGUAUGAUGAAGCCAUUGCUUCAUUGAAGAAAGCUCAUGAUUUGGCCAAGGAACAGAAAUUAAACUAUGGUGAUGAUAUCACAAAUACACUGCGAGUUGCUAAAAAAAGGAGAUGGAACACAAUAGAAGAAAAAAGGAUACAGCAGGAAAUUGAUCUACAAGCAUACUUGAAUAGACUCAUCAAAGAAGACAGAGUCAGACAAAUAGAAUCCUUAAAGAAGAAUGAUGAAAUGGCUAGUUGUGAAGAUGUUGAAAGCAUUGUGGAUCAAUCUGAGAAAAGAUUGUCUGAAGUGAACAGUUUAUUCUCACAACUAGAUGAAAGAAGAAAGAAAAGAGAUGUGCCUGAUUAUCUUUGUGGUAAAAUAAGUUUUGAAAUCAUGAGAGAGCCAGUUAUCACACCCAGUGGAAUUACUUAUGACAAAAAGGAUAUCAUUGAACAUCUUCAGAGGGUUGGACACUUUGACCCAGUGACACGUACAGAUUUGACGCAAGAACAGCUUAUUCCUAAUUUCUCACUCAAAGAAGUCAUUGACACUUACCUUGAAGAAAAUCCUUGGGCAGAAGAGUAUUGAAUCUCUAGCAUCAUGUCUGCUCAGUUAUGAUUAAACUUUUUCAUGUUCUCCUUUCAAAUUCUUUUUGCAUUUAUAUUUUUUAACCAUAAAAAAUAGUUUUUGCUUCUAAAGAAAAUGAAUAACUAUUUCAUUUUUACCUUUAGGAAGCUAAAAAAAAAAUAAUAAUAUUUCCAACUGUUUUAUUUUCUAUGUUUAGUUUAGAUAUAAUCAAUCAAAGAAUCUUGCCUAGUGAAAGUGAUUAGUACUUGUGUGGCUAUGCUCAAGUGCUGUUACUGAAAUUUCUAACAAAGCACACAAAUAUUUUAAUUUGUGUGUAUAAUAAGGCACAGUGUAACCAAUGUAUACAAGAUAGAAGAUGCUGUUAACAAUGUUUUAAAAUAUUGAUUUUACACAAUAUCUAAAAACUAAGCUUUGUAUUCAGUUAGAUCUACAAGUAUUCCAAUCAGCUCUGGUACUUGUAGUUCAGAUUUUUUAAAAAUAAGUUCAAAUCGCUUGACAUAGAGAAAUGUGGAUUUUUGGAGCAGAUUUUAAUAAAUUCUGAAUUUCAAUUCUAAUAAUUAUGCCUCUUAAUAGUUAAAAGCAUUAAAAAUACAGUUGACAACAAUACCAAAUAAUUGUUACAGACUGGUCCCUGGUAGUUUUCAAAUCUGUUGUGGCAGAAUAAUAAUUUAAAAAGUUGUUUCUUAUGCGUUUUAGAAAAGUUAAAAUUGGUUUUGUUACACUUAAUUUAUAUUUCAUUAACUCAAACAUGUAAAUAUUGAAAAAACAAACCUUUAUGAUUGUUGUAAACUAUGUACAAUGUGAAUGCACUACAAAUCAUCAAUGUGUUCUAUUUGACUGUGAUCUAAAAUCUACAUGUAUAUAUUAAAAAUGAAAAGAUCUACAUUGGUUUUGACAGAUUACAUUUAAAUUGCAACAUAUUUGAUAACCACUAACAGUACAAAAUAAAUUAGUAGCAAUUGACAAUGUAUAGAGUUCCUUGACUAGUUUAUGGCCCUAGUAGAUUCUUGUAUUGGUUACAUUGAUUUCUAUUUAUUUUUAAUCAUUUUGUUUUCAGAAAUACUCCUCACCAAUUCACAUCCAUCUUCUAGUCUUAUUGAUUUUAGCUAUGUUUUUAAUAUUACCUCACUGAAUUGUAAGAAUUUACUCUUACUGAUGUCUGGAUUUGUCUAACAAUACAUUUUGCUUUGAUAUGUAUUGUUAUUUAUGUCUUAGCCCAUCCGGAACAAAGAAAAGGCAUGAGUUUGUCAGAUUUUGCUGAGUCAUUGUGUGAUGUGUUUUAGUUAUGUUUCAUGGCUGCUGUUUGAUUGGGGCAAAGCAAUCCUGGAUUCAUUCAAUAAGUAGUGAAAUUAUCAAAAGAACAUGAUUUAUAAAAAGUAUGUGUUAAGUAAAAAAACAUAAAGUGAUGUCAAGUUCCCCUUUCUGACCUUAUAGGGCAGAAGUCCACAAAUGUAAAACUGAGUAUUGAAUGGCUGCCUGGUUAAGGGGUAUUGUUGUCAAGGUGGUUUUUAGUUCAAACCCUGCCCACUCCCAUCCCCUUGCUCCUGAUUGGGCUAAUUCAUAAUAAUAUUAAUUUUUUGAUGGAAUGUCCAAAACAUAUAAAACAAAGCAUAUUCAUUGUUCUUAAAAUAUCCAGUACUGGUAAUAAUCAAUAUGAGAUUGUCAUUCCAUUAUAAAAUUUUAUUAGAUAGUUUAAAUUUAAACAUAAAUAGCAAAAAGAUAAUUAUUUUUCUGAUUCAAAAAAAUGUUUAGGACUACAUGUAAAUAUGUUGUUUGUUUUUUUUUCAUCUUUCAGGUUCUGUAUAGUUCUAACAUUAUAUUUUGAGCGUUUUAUGUUGUGUAAUUAAAUAAUGAGUUCUAUAAAUAGAAGUUCAGUGUUGACAGUAUUCUAUAGUUUUGUUCAAUGUUGAAAUUGUUAACAACCUCCAAAGUUUAUAACCAUAUUGAUACAGUGUUUUACAGGAUGAAAUCUCAAAAGUUAUUUAAAAUACACUUUAAAUAAUAUUUAUUGCUUUUCCUCAAUAAACAUAUUAAAAUUAUUUUUUUUUUUAAUUAGAAAUAAUACAUCUUAGAAAAAGUUUAUAUCUUCAACACAAAUGUAAUUAUUUAUAUUUUUUGUUCUCUGUAAAUAAUGUAUAGAAAAACAUCUGUAUUAAUUGUUGUUGGGUUGUUUUUUGUUUUUUUUUUGGUUUUGAAUUUUAAAAAAAACUUUUUUUUUAAUGCAUCAGUUUAAUUCAGUGAAAUUCUUUGGGGUUUUUUUUUUUUUAUAACAAAUCUCAUUUAUGCUUUUAGUUCAAACAUUACAGUCUUCUUUUUACUAGAACAUUGGCUGACUAGUGCUCAGACAUUUCACUGUUCAUACACUUGGUAUUAGUUUAUUUAGGGAAUAGAGACUUAACAGCUGACUACUUAUAAUCUAUUUAUGUACAAGUAUCACUAAAAUACAUCUACAUUGACUGCUUAGCCGAUAGGUAUUUUAUUUUCUAUUCAGGUUCAACCAUUUGUAUGUAUUUUAGUUUUCUAUUAAAGUUUACCCUCUGAUGUUGCCAACAGUUUACAAUGGAUGAUCCUAAUUGAAGUCAUUUAGCACUUCAGUGCUUUACAGCUUGACCAUUAUCUCCAAACCCUGGACCAGUUAAAAACAUUUUCAUUUCAAUAUAUUUAUAGUUCUUGUGCAAGUAUUUUUUUUAAUUUGUCAAAAUGACUAAUUUCAAAAGUAUUUGAAAAAUUAAAUUCAUUUAAAGUAACAGUCAUAAAUAUUUCAAGUGUGUAAACACAGUUUUAAAUAGCAUCACUAACUGGGCUCUCAUCAGGUGUUAAAAAUGUCUCUUUAGUUAUAAAUAACACUCACACAAAGUAUUGUCUUGAUUUUUAUGACAUCUACACUUUUAGAUAAUUGUACUUUUGUUACAACUUUGUUCCAUUGAUGUUGGAUUUACUUCAAAUCUUCACUUGCCUUUUUGUGUGGUGGCAUUGGUUAAGUAAUGUCUAAUGUCAGCUGUGGAGUGGGGGCAGAGCAUGUAUGUCCUUUUCUGUUUCUAUUUUUUCAUCAUCAUAAAUUAUGUUUUGUAUUCAAUGACUUUCUAAGUGACAGACUGUAAACUGAUGAAGCAAUAAACAAAACAAAAAAAAUAA